AUGGCGAGCAUCGACAGAUACCGGCCUCCUCCCCGGGAAGGCUACCAACCGCCAGCCGUACCUCCUCCCAACAAUCGCGCCGACCGUCCCUCGAGAUCCCCAUCGAGACGACGCGACGUGCCACCUUCCGUUCCAUCGCCACCUACACACUCCUCUCGCACAUCACCUCCGAGACCUCACUCGCGACGAAGCGCAACCUCGCCUGCUCAAUCAGCACCGAAAACACCGAAAACACCAGUCGCCAUGCCGAAUCAGUGGGUUUUCACCCAUGACGAGGUUCGCAGCAGCCCGAGCAUCUUGGACGGCCUUUCACAGGCCGAGGAGAGACUGCGCCGAGCGAAGGGUGUCAAUUUCAUCUACCAAGCCGGCGUUCUGCUCGAGCUUCCCCAGACCACUCUCUACGUUGCCGGCGUCUUCUUUCAUCGGUUUUACAUGAGGUCCAGCAUGGUCGAGGAGAAACAAGGAGUACAUCAUUAUAACAUCGCUGCCACAUCGCUAUUCCUGGCAAACAAGACCGAAGAAAACUGCCGUAAGACGAAAGAUAUCAUCAUCGCGGUCGCCAAGGUUGCCCAGAAGAACCCUAAACUCAUCGUGGACGAACAAUCUAAGGAAUAUUGGCGAUGGCGCGACAGUAUCCUCAUGUACGAGGAAGUGAUGCUGGAGCAGCUAACCUUUGAUCUCAUGGUUGAGCACCCGUACGUUAAGUUAUACGACUUUCUGGGCCAGCUGGGCGUGAUUCACAAUAAGCACCUGCGACACGCGGCAUGGGCCUUCUGCAAUGACUCAUGCCUGACGAUUCUGCCGCUUCUCAUGGAGGCACGCGACGUCGCCAUUGCAUCGAUCUUCUUCUCGAGCACCUUCACGAGGGAGCGCAUUGAAGAUAUCAAUGGUGAUCCGUGGUGGAAGUCACUACAGGGGAACGAAGAGCACUGUGUCAAGGCUAUCGAGGUCCUAAAAGAGUUUUACAUUGAGAACCCUCUGCGCAAGCCUGAGAACCCCUAUCAAGCCUCACCUGAAUUCAACCUCGAAAACACGAGACGCAGAGGCGAGGAUAUUGGCUCAAGCAAUGCAACUCCGAGAACGGACCGUGCCACGCAAAGCCCGAAGGCGUACGUCAAUGGCGUGGGCGAGGCAGCGGCGGAACGGGAAGUUGACACUGCGGCGGCUGAGUCGGCCUCUCAAGCAGCGCCGGGCGAUUCAGAUGCAGCAUUGAAAGAGGCUGCUAAUAACCCCGUCAUCCACUCGGGCACGAACGGAGAGGGGCUGCCAUCACCGUCGAAACGGAAGGAGGUCGAGUCAUUGGCGUCCGAAGGCCGUGAGGAGAAGCGUCAACGUCUCAACUCGGAUGAUGACGAAGGCGAGGUGCGCGAAUCGUAG